AUGGCGGUCCGCUUCAACCGCCGACUGAAAAUCACGGGUGCAACCAUGGCCGUCACGCGCGCGGGCUCGGUUGUGGACCUUAGCCAAGCCAUCGAGUUCCUGCCCGGGAAGCUCUACUACGUGGCCGUCGCGUCGCAGCCCAAGCCCAAGGACAACACAAUUUUCUUUUCGAUCGACACGCAGCUCGUGUAUUGGAACUACUGCCUCGACUUUGGCCCGCUCAACAUUGGCCACGUCUUCCGCUUCAACGACAUCAUCGCCGAGCACUUGGCGCACGCGGCGAAAACCAACGCCAAGGUCGUCCUCUACUCGAGCACGAACGGUCAGCGCCGCGCCAACGCCGUCUGCCUUCUCUGCUGCUGGGCCAUGCUCUUCCAGAAGCUCGACGCGGCGACAGCCUACGCGCCGUUUGAGCGCCAAGCGUUCCCGCCGUUCCAUGACGCGACCGAUUUCGAGUGCUCGUACGACCUCAGCGUCAAGAACGUCCUCGAUGGCCUUGAGCGUGGCAUAAAGAGCAACUACAUUGACGUCGCUACCUUUGACGUCGACGAGUACCAAAACUACGAGAAGGUCGAGAACGGCGACUUGAGCUGGGUCUCGCGCAAGUUCAUCGCGUUUGCGGGCCCGCACAACAAGUACUCGAGCAAGAACGGCCAGAUCACACUGCCGCCGGAGCACUACAUUCCGUACUUCAAGCAGAAGAACGUGACGCUCGUCGUGCGCCUUAACGACAAGUGCUACGACAAGAGCCGGUUCGUCGCCGCGGGCAUUGACCACCUCGACUUGUACUAUCCCGAUGGCACGAACGCGCCCAUGUCGAUUAUCAAGCAGUUCAUCGAAGCGUCCGAGAAGACGCCGGGUGCAGUCGCCGUGCACUGCAAGGCCGGGCUUGGCCGCACCGGCACGUGCAUUGGCUGCUACAUGAUGAAGCACGAACAGUUUACGGCGCGCGAGGUCAUUGGCUGGUUGCGCCUCUGCCGCCCCGGCAGCGUCAUUGGCCCGCAGCAAGAUUUCAUGGAAGAGAUCCAAGACAUCAUGCGCAAUGCCAUCAACUCGGCGAUUCCGUCCGACGAGGCGGACGAGGCGACGUCGAUCCCGAAAGGCGGCGCGGCGUCGCCCGGUCGGUUCCGCAGCGAAGGCAGCAGCAUCCUCACGAGCCUCGGCGACAUGCGGAAAGCCGGCAUCAAGGUGCUCAUGCCCGGAAAGGGCCUCGGUCUCGGUCGCCCGGCACCCAACAAGAAGACGACCAUCAACCCCCAAGGGGACUACCUCAUUGCGCAAAAGCAAUCCAACAGCCCGCCGCAGUCGCCGGCGCGAUCGCCGCCCAAGUCGCCGCUGCGCCCGAGAUAA